AUGGGUUACAUUACAGAGAAGGGCAGAUCGAACUUGCUUCAGUACAAAGGUGGAAGUACCGUGGACAACUCACUACUUUACAAAUACAUCAUCUCACCUUCCUGCAACGUCAUUGUCGAAUGGUUUCCAAAGUCAUUUCAUCCCAACCUUGUGACAGCAACAGGAUUCGUCUGUAACAUAUUGGCAGUGGUACUUAUGUCGUACUAUAUUGGUACCAAUACUGAUGGUCUACCAAAGGAUGAUUCAAAUGUUAGAUGGGUCCACUUUGCAGCAGGCUUCCUGAUAUUCACUUAUAUGAUGAUGGACAAUAUCGAUGGUAAACAAGCACGUCGUACCAAGACCUCAUCACCACUAGGCGAGCUCUUUGAUCAUGGUUGUGAUUCAUUCACUGUUGGUUUGGCUGCAUUGGUAGUUGGUAUAUCUGUUGGACAAUCAAAAUGGGACAUACUACUCACGUUCAUCUUGUCGACUAUACCAUUCUAUAUGGCACAUUGGGAGGAGUACUUCACUCAUGAACUGAUAUUGGGCAUGUUCAAUGGACCCACGGAAGCAGAGGUCGCCGUCAUCUCGCUGUGUUGCAUCUCUGGCGUGUUUGGCCAGCAGUUCUGGUUCCAGGCCGUGACGGUGGCCGGCUACACAUGCCAGUUGAAGGAGCUGCUGUUCCUUGUGAUGACGGGCAUGUCUAUGUACACCUCAUUCUGCUCCGUGUUCUCUGGCGUACGCAAGGCUAUUGGCAUGGACAUCAGUCUCAUCACUGCAUUCUCACAGCUGUUGCCAUUCACCAGCUUCCUCUUUAUGGAGUUCCUCUGGAUUGCCAUAUCACCUGGGCUCUUCAUUGAGUUCCCCAUCAUGCAUAUACUUAGUCUUACAUUUAUAUUCUCAUAUUUAUCCUGCCGAUGCAUUGUACAGAGAAUCUGCUCAGAGGACUUUAGAUUGUUCUACAAGCCACUGAUAUUCCUUGCAAUGGCCGUUGCCAACUCCAUCGCUGCCAACCAGGGAUACAUUAUUGUCGAGGAACCUGUUGCACUGUGGAUACUAUUCUCUGUUAGCUUGUCAUUCAUCUGUCACUUUACCCAAGGCAUCAUCGAGGAGAUGUGCUCGAUACUCAAGAUUACAGCGUUCACUGUUCCAAAGGACAAGCAGAAAUAA